CUGCUGCUGUUGCCUCGUCUGGGGAACUACGAAAAGACGGAGGUAUGCUGGAGAUGCUGGAAAUUGGUGAAAGCCUCGAUGAGGGUAGCGAUGUGUCGUCUGAAAGCGGAGGUAUCGACAUGUCUACAAGUACAAACACGCGCCCACCUUUUGAGCUUGCUGCUAUCAAAAGCGAACAGGAACGCUUAACAAAACAGCAGGAUGGCGAUGAUUAUGAAUCUACGUACUUAUAGUGCUAGUUGUAAGUAAAAUGAAUGAAUGAAUGUAAGUAAGUAGUUUGUUAAGGUUUCUUGGAAACGAAUAGCCAAAACCGGUAGUACGACUCUCCUGGUGCUCUGGAGGUACUGUAUUACUGGAUCAUGGCCUCACUGGUAGACACUUAUAGCUACAUAAGAGGUGCCAUGACAUGACAUGACCUAGACCUAGAGAAAGAGCACUACUCAAGUUACGGGUUUUGUCUCGAUCUUGAAGAAGAAAACAAAAAAGUACUGGUAUUCGUAUUUCUGGAUGAACUACUAGUACUAUGUUGAGCUGCCUUGAUUCUUUCUGUAUUUCGUGCACUACACCACUAAGAUUCAUGAAAGACCUCUGUACUACAGCUUUUCUCUCUCUUUCCUUACAUCUUUCCCUUCUGCUCUAACUUAUACGUGGAUACCAUGCAAAAGCAGCUAACGUUCUGCACUGGAUUAUCAACCGCGUUCUAGAUCUACUCACACAGAAAGAGUUCGCUACUCUCAAAGCGGAUAUCAUAGCGGAAGGAGGAGAGGUCGAGCCAGACGUUGCUUAAGGCUAGUGCAUAACUAUCCGGGGUGAGGUACUGGUAUCCUGAUUGAAGAAGUCGAACAAGAAGUAUACCUUGAUUUAUAAUAAAGGUGAAACUCUCACUCUCUUGAUUGAUUUAAAGGGAGAUCAUGAACGCCGUUGAUUUGAAGGGAACAAACGGAAAGAGGGCACCUCACUCAUCAACUCACGCGUCGCCAAUAGGGCACCUCAGUUAUUAAUGAAGGACUGUCUCUAAGUUGAAGAGGCACUCUUCGCAGAUCAGCGACCGGCUUUUCUAGGCAGUCUUUUCCUUCCAGAUCUCGUUAUCCCUGCCUCACCAGACAAAGUGAUCCAAACCGUUUUGGAGAGGUAUGGAAAAUUUCUAGAAGAAGAACACCAGAGGAACGAGAAGGAAGACGAAAGAAACGAGAAAGGUGGUGUUGA